CUUGUGCUUUCCGUUUUUACUGUAUUAAUUAAUGAUAUUAGCGUGGUAAUUUAGUAAAUAUCAAGUGUUUCUAUUUGACUACUUUUUCAUUUCAAUAUAAAUCUUUUAAAAUGUCAGCGGAUAAUAUUGAAAAACUUUAUCAAAAUUAUGGAGUUCUCGCCGAUGCCAAAGAUGAUAUCGCCAAGCACGAAAAGGAAUAUUUAGAAAUAUUGGCGGCCGUCAAGGGUUCCGAUAAAGAAAAACGGCUGGCGUCUCAAUUCAUUGCGAAAUUUUUCAAUAGUUUCCCGAACUUAGCAGACCAAGCUAUUGAAGCACAGUUUGAUUUGUGUGAAGAUGAUGAUGUGGCAAUUCGUAAACAAGCAAUCAAGGAAUUGCCUAUAAUGUGCAAAAGUAAUAAAGAACAUGCACAGAGAAUAGCAGACAUAUUAGCGCAGCUGUUACAGUCUGAAGAUUCAACUGAAAUCAAUGUAGUUACAAAUUCCUUACUCGCUAUUGUGAAAAUUGAUCCAAGGGGAGCCUUAGCUGGCUUAUUUUCUCAAAUACACCAGAGCACUGAUAGUGAAGUGCCAAAUGAAAUUGUCAGAGAAAGAUGCAUUAAGUUCCUUGCUACCAAAGUAAAACAACUUGGUAGAGAAGUAAUUAAUAAAGAAGCGGAGGAUUUAAUCAUAGCAGAGGGCAAGAAAAUCUUAGAAGAUGUUGUUGCUGAAGAAUUUGAACACAUAAUGGACUUACUAACAUGGUCCAAGCUCGGUAAAACUCCGGCUGGUAAAAAAGAAUUGACACAAAUUAUUGCCGCAUUGGCAUUUAGCCCUGAUGACUGGCAUCCUGAAGACCCUGAAUAUGUAGACAGACUUAUUCAAUGUUCUCAACAUGCAUUACCUCUAUUUACUCCUCAAGUUGAUUCUACACAAUUUGUGAAUAUCUUCUGUGAUCAUGUUUUGUCAAAAUGGGAUGAAAUUGCAACAACGGGAGGGGGGACAGACCAAAAGCUUGAACUGUUGAAAACAUUUGCUGAAAUCACUGAACAUUGUGGUGAUAUUGAAAAUAUAGAUAAGAAGAUCAACAUUGUGUAUGAUGUUUUAUUGAAUUAUCUACCAGAAGCUCCAUUAGUAGUUAACGAGGACGAAAAUACAGAGAAAACUGCCGAAAAUGAAGAAAAAACGGACGAGACUAAAUCAUCAACAGCACCAUCUCUUCAAUUUUCUCAUGUGGAAUGUGCACUCUUUGCUUUGCAUUCGCUCUGCCGCAAAUCACCAGAGGCUCUCAGUGCUGACGCAGCAAGGUUGAAAACCUUACGUUUGCGACUCCAGUACACAGCUCGUUUAACACAAGGCUACAUAAAGAAAUUGAAAGAAGUAACACAGGGUAAAAAGGGGGAAGACGCCAAUUCAGAUGAAAACAAAUUAAGAGUGGCAGCAUUGAAGACUACUUCCAAUAUUAAUACUUUAAUCCGUGACAUUUUCCGAACACCACCAAGCUUUAAAAGCAAAAUACAGCUCUCAUUCCAGACUACAAAGAAAGAGGAAAAAGAGGAAAAAAUUGUAUCCCAUACAGAAGACAAAGAAUCUGGUGCCCAGAAAAGACACCGUCCCAUCACUUUUGACAAUGGCGAGAAAAAAGAAUCAUCCGAAAAACGCUCAAGGAGUGGUGACAGAAACUUAAAAAUGUACACACCACCAUCUGGAAAAUAUAGUUCAAGAUUGAAUAACAGUGGGCGCUUUAUGGGGGGUAGCUCUGGAAGGGGCAGGGGAAACUAUGGCAGACGGGACUUUCGUAACAAUGGCGCCCCCUACAGACGGCGCAGUAAUUACUGACUGACUGACUCAUAAAACAACAAAGUAUUUGAUUAGGGAUGACUGACUGUUUAAUGACUUUUUGACUUACAAGCUGACAUUUAUUUGGUUCAAACUAACUUGAGCAACAAUAAGUUGCAAACGUCUGAGUAAUUACAGAUAUAAUUACUCGAAUGACAAGCAGACAUUGCAGCGGAAGUAACGACGGUUCUUUUUGUUUAUUGUACAUAGGUUCAUUGUAUGCAGAACUGCUUCAAAUUAGUUUUCCAGUUUUCACAGAGGAAAAGUAUGGUGCGUUUGUGCAACAUUAAAAUGGUAAGUAAUAGAAAAAUAAUUUAUAUUAUUAUACAGCAGAUACAAGUUACAACACAACUGGUAGCUGCAGUAGAUACCUACAAAAAUUUUGUAAGUAGUAGAUUUUAAUGAUAUUUUAUUAUGAAAAUUGCUGAGGAAUAUUCAAGAUUCUAUCAUGCAGGUGUGUAAGUAUUGAGAAUAUAAUAUGAGUUAUUUAGGGGUCCAUACCAGUCCUGGAAGCUGAUUUUCCACACUUCUUGUUUCAGAUAUCUUCGAGUUUCUUUUUUUUAAGAAACUCCUACUGUAUGGAUUAAUUAAGUCUUAAAUUCAAUAAAUAAAAUUUAUCAAAUA